AAAUCUCUUCCCUACUCCACCCCCCAGCUUGCCUUCCAAAAGAAACCAGCCCUGUUUUGGGUUAACAAAUGGGGUUCAGUUCUUUCUCCGGGAUUCUUACUCCCUGCUUACCAUUACACUGUUUUAGAUUUAUCAUAAAUAAACCGGGGAAGCGACAUCUUUCUUCCCUUCUUUUCUGCAGCCGGGACUGCCAGAGACUGCGGUGCAGGAAUUAACCCUUUUCAGUACAAAUCUGCAGCAGGGUUAUUCUGAUUUUCUUUUUUUCCCCCUCUCUCCAUUUUCAUGAAGAAUUAAACAGAAAUAGGUAGAAGGGCUGCCUCUCUCAUACAUGGCAAAAGGAGCCGAAAUGUCUUCUACAAUUUCUCUAAGUAAACAAGGAAAUUGCAUUCCCCACAGCUACUGACAAAAGGCACACUUGUUUCUUGUGCACAGCUAGCUAAAACUUAUUUAUGUUUUAAAUUUAAUACUGGCAAGGAUUUUCUCUGAGGCAUAUCCAUCCUUGUCUGUUUUAUGUUGAUAGUGAUCAUUUUAAUCUAUUUUAAUCAUCACUGAAUUGGGCAAGUGGUGUUCUUUGCAUUUCCUGUACAUCAGACAACAGAGAUGUGAGACAAAUUGCUGUUCAGGUAUCUAAUUAGUGAGAAGCCCUAUGAGAAAAAGGGAAAGCUAAGGAUGCUGGAGCAGAACAAUGGAUUUCUCCUUCUCUUUCAUGCAAGGGAUCAUGGGAAACACAAUUCAGCAACCACCUCAACUCAUUGAUUCGGCGAACAACCGCCAAGAGGAUGCUUUCGAUGCCCACAGUGACAUCACAGAAGAUGGUCGGCAGACACCCUAUGAAGCUGCCCUCGCUCUGCAGCAAGGUUUUCAGUAUCCCACGCCAACGGCCGAGGACCUCCCGCCCCUCAUUAAUGGAUUUCCCCAAAUUGGCAUGUACGAGCCCCAGACCAAAUUCCAGUCCUUCAGCCAGUAUCCCAAUGGCUCUGCCAACGGCUUUGGCACCGUUAGAAACUUUAGCCCACCGGAGUAUUAUCAGAUGGAGAACUCUAACCUAAGGCCACAAGACCUUCUGGAGAAGCCCUCCCCUCCCCAGCCCCCUCCUCCCUCGGUCUCCCAAACGGUGAUUCCAAAGAAGACAGGCUCACCAGAAAUUAAACUGAAAAUAACCAAAACUAUCCAGAACGGCAGGGAAUUGUUUGAGUCCUCACUGUGUGGGGACCUUUUAAACGAAGUGCAAGCGAGCGAGUUUGCGAAGUCCAAACACGAAGGGAGGAAGGAGAAGCGGAAAAAAAGUAGCAAGCAUGAUGCUGCCCAUUCGGAAGAGCGCAAGUCACGUAAGAUUCCCAAGCUCGAGCCGGAGGAGCAAAAUGUCGUAUGGUGAGAUGUUUGAGAUGCCCCAUUGCCUAUCACUCAGGAGAUGGCUGUAUUGCUGCAGGAAGCUUGUUUGUGUCAUCCCACAUCCUCAUCUGUAGUAACCAUUCCAAAAGAAGCAAUCACUCCUCAUCAGCUGUAAAUGUAGGCUUUUGUUUCGUUUGUGCAAGAGGGCUGGUAGUGCAGGAUCAUUCAGAGCCCCUGUUCAGUUCAUAUGCCAAUAAAUCUCACUAUCUGCUGAAUGAAUCAAAUCGUGCUGAGUUGAUGAAAUUACCUAUGAUUCCUCCUUCUUCGUCAGCUUCCAAAAAGAAAUGUGAGAAAGGUGGGAAGCUGUUGUGCUGUGAAUCUUGUCCCGCAUCCUUCCACCCGGAAUGUCUUAACAUAGAGAUGCCAGGCGGCUCCUGGAACUGCAACGAUUGCAAAUCCGGCAAGAAGUUGCGAUACAAGCAGAUUGUUUGGGUCAAGCUUGGAAAUUACAGGUGGUGGCCAGCUGAGAUAUGCAAUCCCAGAUCUGUUCCUCUCAACAUCCAGGGCCUCAAACAUGAUGUUGGGGACUUCCCGGUAUUUUUCUUUGGUUCACAUGAUUACUACUGGGUGCAUCAGGGGAGAGUCUUCCUCUACGUUGAAGGAGAUAAAAGCUUUGCUGAAGGGCAGACUAAUAUUAACAAGACUUUCAAAAAAGUCCAACAAAGUGGUCGGAAAAGUCCAGAUCCAAGUGGCAGACCUGUCCGAAAUCCCACGGUGUAACUGUAAGCCAGCAGACGAGAAUCCUUGUGGCCUGGAGUCGGAGUGCUUAAAUCGGAUGCUGCAGUACGAAUGUCACCCUCAGGUUUGCCCCGCGGGAGAACGCUGCCAAAACCAGUGCUUUACCAAAAGACUCUAUCCGGAAGCGGAAAUCAUAAAAACCGACCGACGGGGAUGGGGUCUACGGACUAAACGGAACAUUAAAAAGGGUGAAUUUGUCAAUGAAUAUGUCGGUGAAUUAAUUGACGAGGAAGAGUGCAGAUUGCGAAUUAAGCGUGCCCAUGAGAACAGCGUGACCAAUUUUUAUAUGUUAACUGUUACAAAGGACCGCAUAAUAGAUGCUGGACCAAAGGGAAACUACUCUCGCUUCAUGAACCACAGCUGCAACCCCAACUGUGAAACCCAGAAGUGGACAGUGAACGGAGACGUCCGGGGGGGACUCUUUGCUUUAUGUGAUAUUCCUGCAGGGAUGGAGUUAACAUUUAACUAUAAUUUGGAUUGUCUGGGCAAUGGCAGAACUGAGUGCCACUGUGGAGCAGAAAACUGCAGUGGAUUCCUAGGAGUGCGGCCAAAGACAGCGUGCGCAACAGCAAACGAAGAGAAGGCCAAGAACGCAAAGCUGAAGCAGAAAAAACGGAAGAUAAAAACGGAGCAGAAGCAGAUGCACGAAGACAACUGCUUUCAGUGUGGAGAUGGGGGUGAACUUGUCAUGUGUGACAAAAAAGACUGUCCCAAAGCAUACCACCUCCUCUGCCUUAACUUGACACAGCCACCCUUUGGGAAGUGGGAAUGCCCCUGGCACCAGUGCGCCAUCUGCGGCAACCCAGCGGCUUCGUUUUGCGAGUUCUGCCCUCACUCUUACUGCAAAGAUCACGAAAAGGGCGCUCUGGUCUCCUCAGCCUUGGACGGACGCCUUUGCUGCUCUGAACACAACCCCAAGGCCCACGUGGCCCCCGAGUACUGGGGCAAGAUCAAGCGUCGGCUGGAACAGCAAAAUCCGGAGGAAGCCUCGAAGGAGUGAAGAGGCCCUUUUCACGAAAACGCAACUCCCCAACACUUGUUUCACGUUCUGGGUGGCAAAUCCUCGUGAAUCUAGAUACAGUGCCAGGGGAAGCCUCCUCAAAUCUUUUUAGAGCUGCCUCCAGGGGACUCGAAUUAGGAUCGCCGGAUCUGGGAAAGGGCAGUUAGGAGCCUGCGCAGCUGGUUAGAUCCGUUUCUCCCCCCCCCCCCUUGCGAAUGUGUCUUUCGCGUCUCUCGGAAGAUCAGGAAGAAGCCAGUUGGCAUCCGUUUUUGUUGGUUUUUUUUGGCUAAAAAGAGGAGAAAAGGGUUUGCAAAACAAACACACAAAAGGACCUUGAAUUUAAAAGUAUGUUCUCUGCGUGUAGAAAAAAAAGAAAAGAAACAUAGCAAGAAUAUUUAUUUAUUUAAUUUUUAAUGGACUUUUUUGAGGAUUUCUGGUUCUAAUACAAUCAGUGUGUCUGACAAAAGAGUAAGCCGCACCAGCCUGGUAUCUAUCUCUCUUAUGUGUCUUUUUAUUAUUAUUAUUAAUUUUUUUUUUCCUGUCUGAUUUUACAAUUAUGGGGUAAAAACAUCAGAUUAAAUCUUAUCGGGCAGUUUCAUAGCGAGAUAAUUCCAGUAACUUCAUAAUGAUGGCAAGAGAUUAUUAUUUUUUUUUGAGAUGGCCCACUCCCUCUUUCCUUUUUGAGUGAGUAAACGAUAAUCGCGAUACGUUCACCCACAAAAAAAUAAAGAAAAAUAAAUUAGGACUCCCAUGAUUUUGGAAGAGCAUUCUUGAUGUGAUGUUAUCGGCCACUUUGGAAGAAUGCACUUUGGCAGCGUCUUAAUGUGCAUGGUGUUUGCGGUUUUGCUUUUUUUUCCUCUAAAGGGCUUCUGAAGAAGAGU